AUGCGGUUCUUGUGUCUCCAUGGCUACGCUACAAGCGUUGAAGUUCUCCAAGAGCAAAUGGAACCUAUUACAUCGCAACUGCCUGGGAAUUGGGAAUACGAGUUUUUGGAGGCGGGAAUGGAACCAUCAGAAUUAAUGCUUCCUACCCUUAGCCAAGUCCCCGAACCAAAUUACAGCUGGUACAAUUUCCCUUAUCCCGAGGAUGUGGAACGGGCCUACGAGCGCCUUACAUCUUUUAUUGAAGCGGAAGGGCCUUUUGAUGGCGUUUGGGGUUUCUCGCAGGGCGGGUCAAUGGCCGCCCUUUUGCUACUCAUGCAUCAAGCGGAGAAUGGCGGCACGAGUUACCCAUUCAAGUUGGCUAUUUUCACCUCGGCCUUCCUCCCUCAUCGUUUCGAUUCAGGCUUCAUUACCUGGGACCUGACAGAGAAAAAUCAACCCACUCCAACAUAUGAGCCUGGAGUGUAUGAUGCUUCCCGCGGGGAAGAUGUGGAUUGGACACGGGAUCCACAUACGUCAAUCGAAUACGACAUGAUCAAGGCGGUCCAGGACAAGAUGACGUUUCCUGUUCAAUUCUUGCCCAAGUACAGGCCUAGUGGCAUUCAGAAGAAGAUUGCGCUGCCGUCCGUGCAUGUUCGCGGAGUUAAGGAUCAUUAUGAAUUUGUGGAUGACUCCGUAUGGGAAUUGUUCGACCCGGAGACAUCGAGGAAAAUGACCCAUCGUGGAGGUCACCAUUUCCCUAGGUUUUCCGAAGAGCUGGUGGACUUCGCGGAGUUGAUCAUUGAAACAGUUUGUACCCUCAAUUAG